AUGGAGGUUCUCGAAGGCGCAGAUCUGCGGCAGCUAGAGUCUUUCCUCAUAGCCCAGGAUCAGGACCGUGCGCUAGGAAACCCGUACAGUAUUGUCACGAGGGAGGAGCAUGUCAAAUGGGUGCAUAUCGACCAUUAUCGUGAGAACUAUCAUGGGUCUGUAAUGGAGCAGUUCCUGGAACUCGUCAUGACCUAUUACGGGAGGUUCAAUCUAGAGACUGGGAGCCUCGAAUUGAUUGCCAAGUCAUCGACGAUCGCCAGGCAGCUAUUCGAUGCCAUGGAGAAAUCGUGUGGAAUCAGGAAGCUUACCAUGCUCUUCUUCUCCGAGACUAACGUGGACGAACUGUGGGUGUUUGCAACAGCGGUCAGUAAGGCGAACAUUGUGGAGCUGGCAUUGAUGCUCGACGGCAGGAUCAAAACUAUGCGCAUUUUGUACCCGAACUUUUAUCAACAUACCUGGAGCACAUCAAUGAAGACAUCGCAUCAACUACAAAGUCUCUGGAUCCGUACCCCAUUCUUCCAGUCGGAUCGGUCGUGCAAGAUGGUUGUGACAAGAAUCGUCAAGUACUGCCCAUCGCUCAUGGAACUAACACUAGAAGUCGAUAGUGACAGGAUCCAGGCGAUGAAUGCGAUGACUUUGAACCUGGCGUCUCUUUAUCCAGGGGAGCAGGCUUUGCUUCUAAAGGGGUAUCUAAUCGAGCCGACAACGUAUAAGCAUUCUGCAAAGACGAUGGAGGGACAGUUGAAAGAACUCUUCCCAUCCAAACUUUUGAAUGCUCUCAAGACCAUGCUUUUCUGGUUCGUCGACAGGAAGCAGAGCGAGCAUCAUGAUGAAAAGAUGGCAUGGACCUUCGCUAAUGCCUCAGCUAAAACCUAUCUGACGACCACGAUCACAAUGGGAACAGAGCCGUCAUCCGAUGAGCAGGAACAGCUUCCGAUUUUAUUUAGGCAAUACGGCUGGUCUGUUAGCCAGUUCACAGUUAAUCAUCUGUUCAACGACAGUCUCGCAACACUUCUAGAUACUGCGACUGCGGAGGGCGGCUCAAGUCUGAAAUCGUUAUCCCUUGAUCCUAUACUUGAAAAGAUGCAAAACAAGACUGAGCGGGAUAAACUUCAUGAUCUGCUUAAGCGACACCGCAAGAAGUCGACAAGACUGGUCGUGGGACGCAAGUCCGCGGAGGAUUGGAUGCAGGAUAUGAAGCAACGACACCCUACGAAACUGGAUGUACCAGCGUUGGAGGACUUCAGGCCGGUAUCGGUGAACAAGGGCUCGUACAUAGCUCUAUGA